GGAACGUAAACCCUGAAUCUGGAUAUCUGAAUUCAAUCCGCAGUUCCGCACCGGCUUUACAGUGUUGUGGAAAUGGCGAAAAUCUGCUUGAGAAAUUUGUUUUGUCUGAUGCAGAAACGUUUUAUCGAAACAUCUCCAGCUGUUUCUCCUCCUUCGCACCUGCUGUUCACGAUUCAAUGCCUCGUCAACUCAUGUGGGUUUUCCUUGGAAACUGCCCUUUCAGUCUCCCAAAAGAUCCAACUCAACGAAAAGAAGCCACAGAAACCGAAAUCCGUGGUCAGUUUUUUAAAAUCUCAAGGAUUUGAUGAUACCCAGAUUGUCAAAUUAAUCGAGAAGCAGCCCAGGAUUCUUUGUUGCGAGGUAGACAGCAAUCUCAAGCCAAAGUUCGAGUUUUUAGCCAAGAAUGGCUUCACAGGUGCGCCCCUGUUACACUUAGUUGCUGGACUAAGAGAUAGAGCAUUAAAUUCUCAAAUAGAACCCGGUUUUGAAUAUUUGAAGUCAUUACUUGGGAAUAAUGAGGAUGUUUUGUCCGCUAUUAUGCGCUACCCACUACUGUUAACGGUUAACUUUAAGGACAAACUGCAAUCAAAUGUUGACUUGUUGAUCAAUGAGGGUGUACCCAUUAGCGGUAUAAGGAAACUGAUAAUCUUGAAGCCCAGAGUUAUGAUUCAGAGCAAAAAUGAUAUGGCGACUUAUGCAGUGAAAACUGUCAAAAAUAUGGGUCUUGAUGCUAAGGGUCCAAUGUUUAUGUAUGCUUUUCGUGUCGUGGUAUCAUUGAGUGAGGACACCCUGAAGAAGAAAGUGGAUGUAUUUAAGACUUUGGGGUGGACUGAAGAGCAGAUCUUGUCAGCUUUCAAGCGAUACCCUAGUUGCUUUGCUGCUUCUGAGGACAGAAUCAGGAAUACUAUGGAUUUUUGUGUGAACACUAUGAAAAUGAAGCCGGAGGCUCUAAUCGCAGACCCCAUUGUUCUUACCUUAGGCAUUGAUACAAGACUUCGUCCGAGGCAUUAUGUUUACAAGGCUUUGCAAUCAAAGAACCUGAUCAAGCAGAAUUCCAAAAUUCAAUGGUUUCUGACAAUGAGUGAGAAGAAUUUCAUGGAGAAAUAUAUCCUUCCACACAAGGACCAAAUCCCAAAUCUACUGCCCAUGUAUAGUAGCUCGAAAGUGAAGACAAAUGUUCAUUAAUGAAGAGCUUGCCAUGUUGACUUGUCUACUUCGAAGGCAUUUGACGUUGCAAGAAUGACUUGGUGCCAGAGUAUCUGUUUGUUAAGAUCUGAUUCUUACCAGGUCUCUAGCAUUUAAAAUCUCUUUUGAUGAAUGAUGAUAUAUACAAUCGAUUUAUCUAAUAUUGUGAUUUAGAUACCUAACCAGAGUUGGAACUUGUGCGGAAAGAAAGGUAGUUGAUCGAAAGAGAUUUCGUUUUGAAUUUUUCGAGCAUAACAAGCGAAGUUCAGUUUCAGCUGCGAAUCAUUGAAACAGUUGACUGAAGUUUUGGAUAUCUCAGAAGGGUUGUGACAGGAAUCGGAGCUGCAAAGUGAUUUUGACUGUGGGAGGAGGAUUACAGACCAUUGAUCCCCAACAAAAGGGUGGAUUUGAGAUUGUAGCUUGGUGGGUCUCUGUUGUAGUUUAUGAAUUUGACAUUAUGAAGGUGUAUUCUCCUAUGUGAUCCGUGCCUUUUUCUGCUGCAUGUUAGAGCCGGUGGAGUUUAGAGUGAAUAAAGAAAGUGGAUUGCUAGCUUUAACUUUGCAUUUCUUAUAUAAAGUUUUCUUUCUGCUGUUCUAAA